CCUCUCCCGAUUCGUCUUCUUGUGGCUUUCGGAAAACCUCUCACACCCCUUGGCGCUCAUUCUCACCUACAUGAGAGGAUAAGGCUCUUUGCUUUUUGUGCUUGUGUAUGCAUGUUCUAGUGAGCGCUAUCGAAUUGGUUUUGUGUUGCCCCAAGAGCAAGGACGCAAGAUGGAGAGACUUCCCGGUCUCAAUGUCGCCAACUUCUUAGAGAAGCGAAAGCUUCUCAUCGCGAUAAAUUGUAUAGCGGCGUUGGUAAGUCUCGACAAAAUGUCGCGUGCUUAAUCGCGCAGGCCUUCUUUCUAUACCAUUUUCCGCGCGAAUCUAACUUAUGUUCACCGUAGUCCAUCUUUUUCUUCGGUUAUGAUCAGGGCAUGAUGGGUGGCGUCAAUAACGCCAAAGAUUAUAUCGAUCUCAUGGGAUUCGGUUACGUGGAUCCAGUUACGGAGGAGCCCAUCGUCACGGACAGCUUGCUCCAAGGCGGUAUUGUCAGUGUUUACUAUCUCGGAACAUUAUUUGGAUGUCUAGGUGGCGGAUGGGUCGGCGACAAGAUUGGUAGAAUUAAGACUAUCGCAUUAGGUGCGGUCUGGGCUAUCGUGGGCGCCAGCUUGCAGUGCUCGGCUAUGAACCACAAUUGGAUGAUCUGCGCUCGUGCCGUCAAUGGUAUAGGCACAGGAAUCCUAAAUGCCAUCGUUCCAGUAUGGGCAACUGAAACAGCAGAACACACCUCAAGAGGCCAAUUUAUCGCCAUUGAGUUCACUCUCAACAUUUUUGGUGUCGUCGUCGCUUACUGGCUCGAAUUUGGCUUGUCCUUCAUCGACAAUGGAAACUCGCCGAUCCGAUGGAGGUUCCCCAUCGCAUUCCAGAUUAUUCCUCUCCUCGUUCUUUUGGCGGCAGUUUGGUUCUUUCCAGAGUCUCCUCGGUGGCUCGUUAAGGCCGGGCGCACCGAGGAGGCUCGUUUCAUCCUACAUCGCCUAAGAGGAUCGACCGGAGAAGACCUUCAAAGGGCCGAGUCCGAGUUGCACGAUAUCAGCAACAUCGUUACGCUUGAAUCUAAGGAGUCCAAGAAGAAUUCGUAUGUCCACAUGCUUUUCGGUGUUGGCUCAGGUGAGCUACAUACAGGACGUCGUGUGCAAUUGGUCAUCUGGCUUCAGAUUAUCCAAGAAUGGGUUGGUAUCGCAGGUGUUACCAUCUAUGCGCCAACUAUUUUUCGGAUCGCUGGAUUCGACACGUUUAAGAGCCAGUGGAUCAGCGGUCUGAACAAUAUCUUCUAUAUGUUUGCUACCCUCAUCUGUGUCUUCACCUUGGAUAAAAUUGGCCGUCGAUGGACUCUGUAUUGGGGGGCUGUUGGUCAAGGUAUUGCAAUGUUCCUUGCCGGCGCGUUUUCGAAAUUGGGACAAGAUGCGACUGCGAAUGGUGAAAUCGGCAAGGCCAAUUCGUACGGAGCAGCGGCAGCAUCUUUCGUCUUUAUCUUCACAUCCGUUUUCGGUGCGACUUGGUUGACUGUCCCGUGGUUAUACCCGGCUGAGAUCUUCCCUUUGCAAGUGAGAGCUAAGGGUAACGCUUGGGGAGUUGUCGGUUGGAGUAUCGGAAACGGGUGGCUGACACUACUGUGCCCUGUUAUGUUCUCAAACAUCGGCUCCACAACUCUACACAUUUUCGGCGCAUGCAACAUAAUCGCGAUUCCUAUCGUUUGGGCAUUUUACCCCGAGAGUAACCAGCGAACGUUAGAAGAAAUGGAUCUUCUAUUUGCCGCACCAACUCCUUGGGUCUGGGAUGCCGAGAAGACUUUUGCUCGCCUUAAAGAGGAGCAGCCGGAUCUCAUCCAGGCUGCCAAGAGGGGCGAACAUGUUGACCCCGAGGCCGGUCUUCUAGUGCAUCCCGCAAACUCCAAGCCAGGUGAUGGCAUCCACACGGAGAGUGAAGGACAUGCCACUCCGUAAACGGACCAUUACUGCAGAAUACCAAAAUCAUCUCUUCUCGAAUUAAAUCAUGUUAGAGUAGGAAACUGAUUUUCGUCGCUACCUAGAGGUGUCUGGAUUUCUAAAACACCAAAAAGAAAAAGAGAAAAGGAGGUGAAGAAGGAAAUACGUAUUUGAUACCCUAAACUUGGACAUGAAUAGCCUGAAAUAAAAA